GGCCGUAGUUGCGCGAGAAACUGCGCCUGCAGGCGGGGACGGCGCGACGGCGACUCUGUUUCUUGAACAAAAACUCACAGAGCGGCUAGAGUCGUCGGAGUCGCAACCGAACGUAGAACAAGGGCGGUUAGAAUUGAUCAAAGAGGGUCAGAUGGACGCCCUCCCACGAGAAGCUCAGGAAGAUGUUACCGAAUGGCUCCGCCUGAAUGAAGCACAGAAGCUGCUCGAAAAACUGGCCGAACUCACAGGUGACGAACUCCAAAAAGAACGGGCCGAACUCACAAAAGAGGAGGCCGACAUGGUGACGGGGACAUAUUUCCAGAUUGAGGACCUCACCCCCGCCUUUGUGAAAAAUCGACUUGAGCAGAUUGAGGACGGGAAAGAAGCAAUUGAAGCGCGAACCACGCUCCCUCCUGGUAUUACGUGGGGGAAUUUGCCGGAAACCUGGGGCCCCAGUUUGCAGCGCUCGAGGCUGGGUGACAUCCGCAUGAACGGAGACCGUCCGGAGGAGGCUGCUCCUUUGACGGAAGAACAGGAGCUGCAGAUGGGGGCAUCCCGCGUGGCAGGAAAACCGAAGGAGAAGGUUUUGGUGCUUUGCGCGACCGCAGGAAGUAUUGGCCGGCGUACUCAUUACCAGGAUUUCCUGCUCCCCUUUAACGUGUCUCCGGAUUUAGAUCCGACCUACAUCGUAGCGGGCGGCGACACUAGCAAAUGCAAAAAUGUCUGGGUCUGGAAGAAUGCAACUUGUGAUGCUAAAUUUGGACUCCAAAAAAAUCUGUACUGCAUGAGCAGCAAUGGGAAUGUGAUUUUUGCUACGCGGAGAGGGCAUUUCUCAUGCGGAAUAGGCAUCAAGAGGCCCUCAAGAAAUCUGUUAUGCUAGGGCAUGCAUCACAGACAUCAUGGCUCACGCAAAACGUGCAUGACAAGUCUCAGAAUCUUCCAGACCCAGACACUUUUGCAAUCCAUAGGCACUGAAAUGAUGGGGAGUCGACUCGAGGACGAAGAGGACUUCAAACGACUUCGGCGCCAGCUCGAUAGCCCGAUUCACGUGUCGUCUUUGCGCGCAGACACGAUCGAAGAGGAGAUGCGCGACACCAACUGCUGGGGUGCUCCCGAUGGGUACGCUGCAAUCGUCAAUGAGUAUUGCAGCUACAAUCAAUGGGGAGGUGCCUACAUGACGGAUGCCAUCACGCAGGCCAUUUUUCGCCAGUGCCUGGAGCUAUGCAUUGCAUUUAUGUCUGUGUCGGGAAGAGUGCAACACACAGAUGCAAGGCUUUUCCAUGCUUGGUCUGAAGGGGAGAAAGGCCCGUGACGCGUACUGCGAAAGAAACAACCCCUCUCUUUUUCAUGCAAAAGUGCAACUAUGUAUGUGUCAUGCGGUUGAAUACGUACGACGCCGCAGCUCAAAUAAAAACUGUUCUUGCAUCGUUCGGACAAGGAGGCUGCUUGCGCAUAAGCGUCGCAAAUUAAUUUCCCGGCGACUUAGUAGACAUAUUUGCAGCGUAUAGCAGCCCGGCGGAUCUCAUUACGAGAGUAUGGUCGGGCAGCCGUUUCUGUCAGAGGAAGCUGCUCUCAAAAAAGUCCUUGAAGCUUGCGUGCCAGAAGCAAAGCAAGCCGAUAGCGCCGCCAGUGGGACGACUUCCGCAGGUGCAGCCGUAGAGGUGGAGUCCAGACCUGGUGUGCGCGAAGGCCAGAAGAUUGCUCGCGUCACAAAGUCGGCCGCGGGUACCGUGCCACCUUCUUUCCUGUUCGUGUCCGGGGUGGCGCGCCACUUUCUCGAGCCGACGCGGGAGCGGGGUAGCACAACAACCUCUGAUGAAAAUACCGCCCCGGGAAAUGAGAAGAUUCUAACGGUGGUGACCGUCGGCGCGGAUGGCGAAACGGAACCUACUCCGGCGCAGUCUACUACUUCUUCUUCUGUCGACCACCACGAACAAGCUGUGGACAGCACGACUGCAAGCAGCGCAGCGAGCGAAACGGGGCCACCCGGCGAGGCCGUAGUUGCGCGAGAAACUGCGCCUGCAGGCGGGGACGGCGCGACGGGGACGACUGUGUUUCUUGAACGGGAAGCUGCAGCUGGGGCGAUGAGCAAGGCGCGGCAAGCCGAAGUGAAAAUAAAAUAUCUGCGGCACGGUCGCAAAAAUGUGGAAGUGGCUAUAGACAAGGAAAAUGGAAAAAGAUUCUUUCGAGUCAACCCGGUCCUUAAUGCAUACUGGGAGGCUUUCAGUCUCAGUGGCCACGAUCAAGUGUGCCCAAUCAAGAAGCAGCCGGCCGGCGCAGCUCGCCCUGUGAUUGAAGCUCCAGGCGCCAGCGCGAGUUCUGCGGUCGAAGGUGCGCCCGCCGCGAGUUCUGCGCCCAAUGAGGCUUCUUCUCUGCGUAUCCUGAGUAAAAACGUACCCACACCAGAGUUGUAAUGCAAAUCUGCAUGUUGAAAAUGUUUCUCAUGUGGAGCCCCAUGAGAAGCAUUUUCUAGUCGUGUUUUGCAAUUUGUCAUGCUCCACUCAGCAUGGUAUGCUAGAUCUGUGAUGCUGCUGAGCUAGCUCAAACAGCACUACACUACGAAUCCAAAUUUGUCAUGCAAAACAGCCAAAGCUUGUGGAUUUGUCUAGCCGAUUCCCCAUCUUGACUCUGGUGUGGGUACGUUUUUACUCAGGAUACUGCGGUGUGUGGAAGAAGUUCUGCAGUGGGUACACGAAAACGUUUCCGGAAUCAUUUGGACGCGGGAAAAAAGCGACCAGGAGAAUCCGUUCUUGACCUCGCCAUUACACUCGGAUCUCAUGAAUCCUUUAUCACAGUUGCGGACCGCGUGCGACGAGAAAAUCACAGAGCUCAAGAAGACAGCAACGGAGUCUGACUCGCGGUGGGCGAAUGUCAAGGCCAGAACGCAAUUUCUCUUCGCUCCAGCGUAUGCCAAGAAAAACGUGUUAAUAAAUACAGUGGCACAUCAUACUUUUUACACUGCGUAGUUGCAGGCCAAACGCGACUACAGCCAAGGUCUGUCAUGCCGGACAUACUCAGGAGCCACGGCUCAGCACCCGUGGUUUCCCUUAUGCUCUCUGCAUCGCAAAUUUUGGAAGUUUGCAAUUUGAUUUUCUCCUCGGUGAUAAGGUAGGAGAAAAGCAGAAGUGUUGCUGAAGUUUUUAUAGCAAAUGUGAUGUAACUGUACUACUAACACUUCUGUUUUCUUGGCAUACAAAGUACGCGACCAACCGGUAUGUGGUGCUGCCGUUGCUGAAAGACGCACUGGAGCUUUGUGACACACUUGCCUCCGAGGAACUUAAGCGGUUGACAGAUGAAGAGACUAUCAAUCAAAAGAAAAUGCACCCGCUGCUGCGCACCUUUAAUGACAUUAAAGGUAAUGUAUUUAAAAAAAGAAAAACAAGAUAAAUAAAAGACUCUGACGCUGACCCUCUCGAAACGGCCCUACUAAUAAAUUGGAUGCCAGUAGUUGUUUAGGAGUAGAGACGUUCGGUGACCUGCAUGGAUUGAGUACCCUUUAUGACCUCGUCCCCGUUCGUUAAAUGCACAACUCGGGUAUAAUUCGUUCCUCUCUUCGCGAUAAAAAAAAUGCACAAGAAUGCAUUUUCCACUGCUAACCGGGCCGUAUUUUCAAGUCACGCGAGACAGGAGAUGAAAUGUUCUCGUACCGUCACGCGAGACUGUCGCUAAGUAUCAAACACCUUCGGAAUUUUUCCUUGUCGACCGCCCUCCCAUGAGAGAUCAUAAUUUGAUGAGCGCAUAAUUAUAGAAUGUCUCGGGAGCAAGACCACAUCAUCAUUUUUACCAAAAGAGAGGAAAAAGAAAACUAAGACCAAGGAAAACUCUUCUGUCGAGCGAUCGAGGUCUUUUUACCGUCGAGCGAUGAUUUGUGGCAACAGAGCCAUACUUAUACUUGUUCUUACUUUCUGAACGGAAGUGUUGUGUGG